AUGAGCUCCCGCGCGGCCAAUCCCGGCCAGAGUGGGCGGGUGAUGGCAUCAACUCCGUCAAGCUUCUCCCCCCCCCCGAACCUGAGCCUGCGUGGCUUCGACAUCAUUGACGCGUCGAAGGACGCCCUCGAGAAGGAAUGCCCGGGCGUCGUCUCAUGCGCCGACAUCGUCUCCUUCGCAGCUCGCGACGCUAGCUACAUCCUCAGCUACAAGAAGAUCAACUACACCGUGCCGGCUGGCCGCUCCGACGGGAAAGUGUCGUUCGCCAACGAGACCAUGGGACAGAACCUGCCCCCGCCCUUCGCCGACCUGGCUACGCUCAAAAAGAUGUUCGCUGACAAGGGGCUCGACCAGGCCGACAUGGUCGUGCUCUCCGGCGCCCACACCGUCGGCAUCUCCCACUGCCCCUCCUUCUCCGACCGCGUCCACCCGCCGACCAGCCCCUCCCCGAACAUGGACACCACGCUCGCCGCCAAGCUGAACCAGACAUGCAACACGCCAAACAACGCCACCACCACGGCGUCGCAGGAUUCUGAGACCCCCAACGCGUUGGACAACCAGUACUACAAGAACGUCAUGUCCGGCAAGGUGCUCUUCACCUCCGACGCGGCGCUGAAUUCGUCGGAGACGCUGGAGCUGGUGAAAAAAUAUGCCGGGUCAGAUGAUUGGAACACAGCCUUUGGAGCAGCCAUGGUGAAGAUGGGCUACAUCGGGGUGAAGAGCAGCAAAGAGGGCGAGAUCAGGAAGAAGUGCGGGGUUAUCAACAAGUCCUAA